AUGACAACGGAUAGCGAACAUUCUACGACUGAAACAACUACUGUUAUGGAUGCCGAAGCAAAUAAAGUAAGCAUAAAAAUUCCACCAUUUUGGUGUGAAAAACCAGACAUUUGGUUUUAUCAAGUUGAAGCUCAGUUUGAAAUAAAUAAAAUUUCUACUGAAGAAACUAAAUUCAACUAUUUGGUUUCCCAGCUUGAACCGAAAUAUGUUGAGCAUAUAUGGGAUAUUAUUAAGGACACUAAGCCUAAUAAAUAUGCCCUGGCGAAAGAAAGACUUUUAAAUAUGUUCAAAGAAAGUGAAAACAAGAGAAUUCAGCGCAUAGUUACUGGAAUAGACCUUGGCGAUAACAAGCCAAGUCAGCUUUUGCAGAAGAUGAAAAAUUUAGGAGCGGACGAUUUUUCAGAAAAAGUGUUGAAAUCUUUAUGGCUGGAUAAAAUGCCUGAUUUUAUUCGAAAUAUUCUUCUUGUAAGUGAAGAAGGUUUAGACAAACUGGCUACGAUGGCUGAUAAAAUUCAUGAGAUGAAAUCGGAAAAGGAAGUUUGUGCUGUUUCGCCAAAUGUUAACUAUACUGAUGCUUUAUUUGCAAGAAUAGCUGCUUUAGAACAAAAAAUUGAUUCACUGCAAAUAAAUGACCGUUCUAGAUCCAAAUUUAUAAAUCAUCGCCGGAAUAUAUCUCGAAGCCGCAGUCGUUCAACUAAGCGAUUUAACCAGAAAGGCGGGAAACUCCAAGAUGCAACAGGAUUAGCGGCUACCGCUGUUGCUGAUAUUAAUGAAAGCCGCAAGUUUCGUUUAUUUGUAAAGGACAAAAACACAGGAUUGCGGUUCUUAGUGGAUUCAGGAGCUGAUGUUAGUCUUAUUCCUGCAACUCAUCGAAAUAAAACAACAGAUGAUUUUAAACUAUAUGCGGCGAAUGGAACAGAAAUUCCUACUUAUGGAAUUAAAAUUUUGAACUUGAAUUUAGGACUUAGAAGAGAAUUUAAAUUUCCUUUUAUAUUAGCUAAAGUUGAUAAAGCAAUAAUAGGAGCUGACUUUUUGAAUAAAUUUAAGCUUUUAAUAGAUAUUCAUAACAAACAACUUAUUGAUGGAAUAACUAAUCUGUCCGUUCGACACCACGUAACAACAAUAUCUGUUGAUGAUGUUAUUAGUACUUUGGAUAAAACUUCUAAAUAUGCUAAUUUGUUACAACAAUAUCCAAAUUUAACUAAACCUAAUUUAACAGUAUCUAAAUUUGAACAUGAUGUUGAGCAUUUUAUCACAACAAAAGGACAACCUACUUAUUCCAAAGCUAGACAACUGGAUUCCAAGCGAUUACAUAUAGCAAAACAGGAAUUUCAAUACAUGUUAGAAAAUGAUAUUAUUCGACCAUCUAAAUCACAAUGGUCCAGCCCUCUUCACAUGGUGCCUAAGAAAGAUGGUUCCUUCCGACCAUGUGGGGAUUAUCGACGUUUGAACGCUCAAACCAUACCAGAUCGUUACCCUAUACCUCGAUUAGAAGAUUUCAACCACAUUUUAAAGAAUACUCGAAUAUUUUCUAAAAUUGAUUUGCAUAAAGCAUAUUUCCAAAUUCCGAUUAAUGAAGCUGAUAAGAAAAAAACUGCUAUUAUAACACCCUUCGGCUUGUAUGAAUUUAAUGUAAUGAGUUUUGGUUUGCGUAAUGCUCCUUCCACCUUUCAAAGAUUUAUCAAUGAGAACGCCGCUAGUACUCAAGCCAUUUUACACGAAUACUUAAAAGGAGCAAAGAAAAAAGAUAAUCGGAAAAUAACUUGGAACAAGGAAGCCAUUGAGCAGUUUGAAAAAUGUAAAAAAGAUUUGGCAAAUGUUGCUGUGCUAUCUCACCCAAAUCCUGAAUUACCUCUUUCAUUGUGCACAGAUGCUUCCAAUACAGCAGUGGGUGCAGUUCUACAACAACUUGAAAAUGGGGAAUCCCCAAAAGAUAAUUGCCUCAGCUGUCAAACGAUCUUUCUACGCAGGCUCCAAAGGGUUACUACCUGUUCCACACCUUUUGACCUUAGGGAUGAAACUUUAUCUCCUAGAGAAGUAACGAGUACCUCACGAUCCUAUAAGAUGGAAUGA